AAACAAUAAUAAAAUACCAUUGCGAAUCCGAUGGUCAGUCGGAGAGUUAUUCCACCUCGCGCGGUGCACAUUAUAAUGUGUUGUUGAAAUUGCUCCGUGGCUUCGUGAUGAAGGUCUCCGCUGGGGAGCACGUGAAGGAAAAUCUGUAAAGUGGAGUUGCGCCAAGUGCUGGAAAGUGCGUGUGGGAUCUGUCGAAAGAGCACCGACGGCGUCAGCCUCAGUCAUCUGCGGAGUCUCCACUGAGGCACACACCACCUCUGGUCCCUGUUCUGUGCAGUGAGUGUGAAAGGAUUACCUUCCAGGUCUCCUCCAAGGUCUCUCCGCUUUUCUCCUUGGCAUUGCGGCGACAAUAGUGCGCGCCCGUUGGACGCUUUGCUGGCCAUGCUUAGAAAGUUUAGAGACGCAAGAGAGCUUCUCAUCCGCCACACGCUAAGGCAUUUUCUUUCAACCCAUUCACGGCGAUUGGACAGAGCGGCUGGAGUGAAAAUCCUUGACCCUUUUCGCCAUUGAAGAAUACAUUAUUGUUAUUUUCUUGGCACACCACACGUGAUAUUUGUCCGCUGCAGUGGCUGUCAGAGUGGCUCUGGUCGUUUUUGCUCUCGCCAGAGCUUCUGGAAACGUGAUGCUUAAUUUAUUUCUUGCGGAAGACUUGUGAUACAGAAAAAAAAUGGGAAAGAUGUGAGACAAUACAAUAUCUCACGGGAGAUUGACGAAUUGGCUGACGAGGCUUUGUUUUCGAGCUUCUCGCGCGAUACGCACACACAUUUAGCGUCUGAAUUGCUAUCAGAUUGGAGGAUAGACGAGAUAAGAGGCUUAGAAGUAUGUACGAUUGACAACGAUACAGUUCAGGUAUUUUAUUGCAGAAAACACGAGCAAAUGCUUUUAUUGCCAACGACAAGUCAUUUUGUGCUUCAGUGUAUGGCGGGAGUCGCGCUUUUCCACACUUAAAACCCUUUCUCUCUCUCUCUCUUCUCCUCCAAGCGGAGCUCUUCCUUCCGAUCCGAGGCAUGGCCGGCGAACCUGAGCGCGAUCCCGGCACAUCGACGCAGGUCCAGGGACCAAGAUACUAUCUCAAGAGCGCCACCAACGGUCGCGGUGGUCUCAAUGUGUACGUGAGCAAUCGACGGAGUAGUUUCUGUGAGCAGCAGCGCGAUGGUCAGAACUCCUUCAGCUUCCGCGACUUCCUCAAGUCCAAACUCUUCGUGAGCAUCCUCAUCGUGGGCGCCGUCUUCAUCACACUCAUCUGCAUUGGGCUGGUGGUGAUGUACGAGCGAGACGGUAAAGUCACACAAACCAUCGAUGUGUGGCGAGACAAAUUAACUCCAGAGCAACUGGUGUGGUUCGAAUCCGGCCUGGAUGAGCUGAAGAACGCCCUCACAAUUCAGUCCAAUACGAAGAGGGCGAAAAAUGUCAUUCUCUUCGUGGGAGACGGCAUGGGUCCUGUCUCCACGACGGCAGGACGAAUAUUCAAGCAUGGCGAGGGCGGCAGACUCUCCUGGGAGAGUUUUCCCCACAUGGGGCUCCUAAAGACAUACGCCACGGACAAGCAGGUUCCAGAUUCAUCCUCCACGGCAACGGCUCUUUUCGGCGGCGUGAAAGCCAACUACAACACGAACGGAGUGGAUUCUGGAGUGCCUUUCGCCGAUUGCCAGGCAUCGCUUAACAAAUCCCACCACGUGGAAUCCAUUCUUCACUGGGCUCAGAAGGCGGGCAAGGGAACGGGCUUCGUCACGACUACACGCGUCACUCACGCCACCCCGGCCAGCCUGUACGCCAAUGUGGCGGAUCGUGCGUGGGAGUGCGACGCCACAGUGCCACAAGACGCCAAGCGUCUCGGGUGUCUGGACAUCGCGCGUCAGCUGGUGGAGGAAGAUCCCGGACAGAAGCUGAAUGUGAUCAUGGGCGGUGGCAGACAGUGUCUUGUGUCUGGCGUUGAGGGAAGCGCAGCUGAUCCGCUGGACACGUGGUCGUGCAACUCCGUUGACGGUCGGGAUUUAAUUGAGAAGUGGAGGAAUGAUAAAAUCGAGAAGGAGCACUCCCACGUCGUGCUGCAGAAUAAUUCCGAUCUGGCCAACUUUGACGAAUCCAGUGAAUAUGUGCUGGGAAUUUUUGCCAAUGGCCAUUUGAAGUAUGAGGAUGAGAGGGACAAGGGCGAGGCAGGAAUGCCUUCGCUGGAGAACAUGACGGCUGCAGCUCUGAGAGUGCUGCGGAGGCACCAGAACGGCUUCUUCCUGGUCGUUGAGGGAGGAAUGAUCGAUCAGGCUCACCACAGAGGAUGGGCCAAGAGAGCACUCACAGAGCUGGCGAUGAUGGACGACGCUGUGGCGGCCACACUGAAGAUCAUGGCACGGGAACUGGACGAGACUCUAAUCAUCGUGACAGCCGAUCAUGCCCACACUCUCUCACUCAACGGGUAUCCCGAGAAGGGAAGCAGUGUCUUCGGAGUGGCACAGAACUCCAGGGCGGACAACAUUCCUUAUACAACACUCACCUACGCCACCGGUGGCCCGGAUGGCUUCCAGGUGGAUGUGGACGGCGAGGGAAAGGCGCGCCGAAGAGAUCCCACUCUGCAGGACACUGAGGGAUUCACGUACGUCCAGCAAGUGGGCAUCUUGACGGAUGAGAACACGCACGGAGGAGUUGAUGUUGCCGUCCACGCGAUGGGCCCCAUGGCUCAUCUCUUCCACUGUGUCCAUGAGAACUCCUACGUGGCCCACGUGAUUUCCUACGCCGCGCGCAUUGGGCGAUUCCGUGAUAGCUCUGCAGCAGGUGCUUUCUUCAAUCUCCUUGGAUUGUCCUAAAUAUGCUGUACGAACAAUUAAUAGGUGAAAUAUAAAUUCUGCGCGUUUGCUGGGUGAUAGUCACCCGCUUUGACUAUAUCACUGUACUUCAGUUUUCCAUGCAG